UGGUGUUGUUCGGCAGAACAAUUGCUGAAUUAUCGUCAGGAUUCAAAUUAUUUUGCCAACACUCGAUGUUGAUUUAUUGGUUCUGAGAGCCAAUCACGUUCGACGGCUGCAAAACCGUUUGGCUGAACGCAGUCACUGAAUUCUGUGCCGAGUGAAUUUGAAGCAUUUUGAACGCGUUGUCCACUGUUUUCGCGACAUAGGAUAUUUUGAUCAUUUGUUGCUCGAAUGUGCUCGAUGUGAUAUAAGCGUUAAGACAAAGGAUCGAGAAAUUUCGAGAUCAUCAGAUUUACGUUAUGUUUAUUAUUUAAGCGUGACAUUUAAACAAAAAGAACAUAAUGGACGCUGAUGAUGUUGCUACAAAAACUGACUGCAACAAGAUGCCCGUUCCAAAAAUAAAGCAUGACUGGUAUCAGACAGAUUCGCACGUCAUUGUGACAAUACUUGCGAAAAAUGCAGGAAAUGUGAAAGUUGCAUGUGAAAAUAACGCACUGAGUGUAUCUGCAAAAUUACCCUCUGGUAAUGAAUAUAGUUUAGAGAUUGAUCUGGCACAUCCAAUAGUAAACGAACAAUGCGCAUACAAAGUGUUACCAUCCAAAAUAGAAAUAAAGCUGAAAAAACAAGAUGGUAUUCGAUGGACAGUGUUAGAAGGAGUUAAUGUAGAAUCAAAUCAAAAAGUAAAACCUAUUCCAAGAGAAAUAUUGGAGGGUCAACAACCGCCCAAAUAUCCAAGUUCUUGUAAAAUAUACAGAGAUUGGGAUAAAUUGCAAAAAAUGAUAGAAAAAGAGGCAACGGAAGAACCAGAAGGUGAAGCAGCUGUGAACGCUCUCUUCCAAAAAAUAUACGGGAGCGGAUCAGAUGAUGUUCGUAAAGCCAUGAACAAAUCAUUUAUUGAAUCAGGCGGUACUGUACUCAGCACAAAUUGGGAAGAAGUGAAAAAAGACAAAGUUGACAGAAAACCACCUGAUGGAAUGGAGUGGAAAUCUUGGAAUUCAUAAAAAAAAAAAUAUUAACUUUUUAUUUUGUGUAUAUAGUAAUUAUUUACUAAUUCUCAUUUACUAUAAGAUAUAAUUUUGACAAUCACUUUUCGAAAGUAUUAUAUUUUACCAUUUAUUCUUUUACUAUACACAUUAAUACACAUUAAUAAAUACACAUUAUUAGUAUCAUGGAUUAUAAUAAACCGCAAAUUCUUGCCUUUUUGUA